GGAUCCUCCCUUAGAUCAUGAUAUUAUCCUUCCUGAUGAUGGACUUCACCAUGACCAGUCACGACGCCGACGCGAGCAUAGAGUCUAUAUUGUAUUUCGUGUCCGUGGUACUUGGAGUCAUAAAAUUCAUAUCCAUCGUUUACAACCAAAGAAAGAUAGGCAUGAACAUCAACGCCGCUAUCGACGAUUGGUUGUCCGCCAAAGGUGACGAGAAAACUUGGAAGAUCAUGAAGAAACAUGCGUCUCGAGCGAGAAUACUCACCCUCGCGUUGCUGUACUCGGCCAUAGGAUGUUUCUCUAGUUACAUACUAGCCAUUGUGAUGAUAAAUCUGAAACAGAUCUUUUUCACGGAGCCCAAUUCAAUAGACGCUAACGUAACGGAUUGGAUGCUUCUGGUUCCAUCCGGUUCGCUGGGUAACUCAAUCACCGGAUUGCAAUACUUAGUGAUCCUCAUUGUUCAGAUUUUACAAACGAGUACGCUGUGUGUUAUUCAAUGCACCGUGGACAGCUUCUUCUUCAAUCUCACGGUGCAUCUUGCCGGUCAGCUCGAAGUGCUCAAAGAGAAAUUCAAACGCUUCGCGGACGAGCCGUACAGCAUAGCGAGUUGUCGAAGCAGAUUCGUCGGCUUGAUUAACAGACACAGCGAGCUGAUGGAAUAUUAUCAGAACUUGGAGGAUACCUUCCACUUUCUCAUCUUGUGUGAACUUACGAUGGUUACGAUUAUGCUCGCGCUGUUAGGAUUACGUCUGAACUUGUGCCUGAGCGAGAACAAUCAGGUGGAAUUCGCAAAAAGCGCCUCGGUGCUGAACUACUUCCUCAUGGUGUCGCUUGUGUUCACCUACGCUGGUGACUUCUUGCAGCGGGAAAGCGAGAGUAUAUUCCACGCGUUAUACGCGACUUCCUGGUUCACGCUUCCUCUAGCGUUGAUGAAGGACCUGCACUUCACGAUGAUGAGGUCGAGUAUUCCGUUCCGUCUUACCGGCGGCAAGUUUUUCUACGUCAAUCGCGAGACAAUGAUGUACAUCCUCAAGACAGCGACUUCGUACAUCUCGGUUUUGCGAAUAGCCUUGAGGGAUUAACGCGAUUGACAAGACUGUUUCGCGCGCGAGUACACACAGUAAGACUGAAAACGUGCGGAGAACUUUGCCCGAGAACCUCAACACGGAGUGUAGAUAUGAAGUGUUAUGUAAAAUGCGCGAAUACGGUUUGAUUAAAAUAUUCGGAUUGAUGAAAAUAUUCUUGAUAUAUUUUGUAAUUGUCGCAGCAGAUCUGAUAUUUUCUUGAUGAGCGAGCGUUGGCUCGAAAGGAAAAAACAAAGGUGAGCAACACCGGCAACAUUGUUGAUGCAUUGUCGAGGCAAAUUGCUAUUUCAACAAUUUUCUAAAAUAUUUCAGAACUCGAGAUUAUUUAGAAAACAUCUCCCAAUUCUUUCUUAUGUUUUCACCAGGUCGAAUGAAUUCUGUUGUUCCUCGCGUAUAAUAUUAAUUCCAUCACGAUUGACGAUUUGUCUGUUACGUUCACAAAAAGGAUGUCUCAUUCGGAAGAGUUUUUCUUAUCGAUGCUACGUAAAAGAAUAUUUCAAUAAGAAAUAACAUAUCGUAGAAAGUGUUUUCAUCAAUGUCACAUUUUCUUCAUAAUCACAUUCUUCCUCCAGCUUCUCGAAGAAAAGCGAGAUAGCAAUUCCGGGGCAUAGCUCGGCUCUAGUGGUGGAUCUUUUAUUUAUCGAAAAGCGGGAUACAUAAAGUCUGCAGGUCCAUUAUUUCGAGAAUUAAUACCGUCGAGAACGACGUCGAGCCGCUGGUAGCUGUAUUAUUUGUGCAAAUACAGAUACAAACGCGGGCUAUAUUCCUUCUUAAGGAAAAUCGCGGGAAUUGAAGAAAUGAAUAAUAAAACGGAAAGAUCCAGCUGUUUCUUGGCUGCCGCAAGGGGUUGCUUUAAGUAUCGCGGGAACACCUGCGUCUGCGACAAAUCGGAUAUCGAACGAUGUGCUCAUAGAGGAGCGAAGGCCAAGGGUUAUUGCUAUUUUCGAGGAGGAGUGAAUCGAGGUGAGAAUUCGUCGUUACAUUUGGGGGAGGGAAUAAAAUAACACGUAAGAGACUCGAGACUCACGAGAGCUUCUCAAGUGCUCCAAAAUGGAGUCGUCCGUGAAAUGGAACGCUGACACCGCACAAGUUUUAACGUUUUACAAAAAUGUGCUUGGUAUACUUGGACUUUGGGUGUUGGACGAGCACAAUUUUUUCUCGAGGAUUCGGUGGCUCAUGUCAACGAUGGUGGAGGUAAGUCGCGCUUUCGAGCAUUGCCCAAGUACUUCAUUCAAGACUCAGUUGUUGCCUUCAAAUUUUUUUCUGUUGCGUCUUGACCUCAUAAAGUUAACUUUUACCUUACGUACGUUGCAUUGUCUUAAAAAGAAAAAUCGCGAAUCUAAUCGAGAAGAACUAAUCUCAUAUAAAUUAAAUUUAAUAGUGUG